AUGGACAAGAAAAUCAAAGCUUCGCAACUCAAAAAGAGGAUCGCAGUGGAAGGCCUCAAGACGCUGGAGCGGUUUCGAGCGGAGUUUGUGCCCGAAUUUGCAAGCCAGAUUCCAGAAGCGUUGGAGGAUUUGGACAGGCACAAGUCAGGGUUUUUCAACUCGAUUGAGAAACUCGAAGAGCUGGAUGAAAACGACGCCAGCAUCGAGGCAUACAUCCAUGAGAGGAGUGAUUUUGAGGACCGUCAUCGGAAGCUUAAAUCAUUCCUACGGGAAAACCAACCGAAGGAAGAGGGUACGCUGAACGACACGUCGGGUUUGGCUUCCUCGACGCUUGCCUUUUUUCGGCCAAACGCUUCCAAUCUACGUCUGCCAAAGAUCGAGCUUCCAACGUUUGAUGGAGACCAUACAAGAUGGCUUUCGUUCCGAGAUCGGUUCAUAGCCAUGAUCGACGCGUCUGCAGAACUUCCCGCCAUCGCUAAGCUCCAGUACCUGCUUUCAUCGCUAAAGGGAGAAGCAGCUUUACCCUUUGAGCACACCCCUUUAACAUCCGACAACUAUCCUGUUACGUGGGCGGCACUUCUGAAGCGGUACGAUAAUUCACGGUUGUUAAUCCGUGAAUACUAUCGUAAAUUGCACCAUCUUCCGGGUGUGCAAUUGGUGUGCGUCGACAAACUUACACAUCUAGUGGACGAAUUCACUCGCUUUGUCAACGGAUUGGUGAAGCUGAAGGAACCGGUGGAUGCAUGGGACACGCCGCUUUCGAAUAUGCUGAUGAUGAAGCUGGAUCGUGAGACGCUGCUGGCUUGGGAAAAACAUUCCGUGCAUUUCCCAAGGGAUAAGUACAAGGAUGUGAUCGCUUUUGUGCAGGAUCGGAUCCAGAUCCUAAAAUCAACGAAUGAUUUUGCAUGUGAGCAUAUUGGUAAUGUAAGAAAGGUGGCCGGCAAUCAUCAUCAGUCAGUGCAAAAAAGGUCCAUCGCAAAUGCAGCUGCAUCAAACGCGACACUUUCCUCACCCCCGGCUCAUUCUCAGCAAUUGAAGUGUCCCUUAGCGUGCACCGACGCUCAUCUUCUACGCAACUGUCCGAUAUUCAUCGCUAAGGAUGUUCGGCAGCGAUCGUGA